CUUGCGGUGCCGAUGAGUGUUGGCCUGUAGCGGUAUGAUCCGGUGGGUGUGUCGUGCAGCGAAGUGAUCCGCGCAAGAAGAGGCUCAACAUCGCGUCGAACGCACAGAACGCCUUACGUCCAGCCUAAGCUUCCGGCGGGUGAUUAGUCAGAAGUGGGGUCCAGCAGCGGUCCUACGGGCCGUGAGAGGUACGUCACAGCCCUGCCAGUCCUUAGAUUCUAGAAGCGGACCUAGAUCGGCAAGCACGCGACGGUGUUCACAAACCUUUCCUCCCGAACCUUCACUACCCAAUCACUUCAGACACAAUGGCUCCUCUCACUCGCACUACCGUACGAACCUCAGGCACGUCAGGCACGGCACCUACAUCAGGCUCCCACACCAUUCUGCAGACGGAACCGGAAUCGUCUGCGCCCUCAGCGACGUUACGGCUACGAGGCGAGCCGCAACAAUCGCAGCACGUACGAUGGGCGGAGGAGGUCGUGGACAAUGAGGGGAUGGGAAAGAAGAGUUCGAAAGUGUGUUGCAUCUACCACAAGCCGCACGAGCCUGGCGCCAGCGACAGCGACGACGACUCAAGUAGCGAUGAAAGCGACGGUGAACCAGAUCUGAGUCGGGCACAGAAGGCGGGUGGUAAGAAGCCAGCUCGGAGUCAUAACCACGGAAACAGUGCAGAAGGACGAGGUAGUGGGAAGAAACCAAGUCCGAAUGCGUAUGAGAGACAGCCGAAGCACACAACGAAGCGAUCUGGUUGAAGUCAGUGGGACGCAGUCCGCACCACUCCCUUACCAACAAGAUGAGUUUCACACGCGUAACUCAAUCAAGACCAUGAGGUAGUCUCUGAGGUUUCCAAGACAACAAGGAGACGAAGAUAUGAAGGGUCAAGCGGUGAGAUUCAAGAGCUGCCUACUGCCCAGCAACGCAGGUAGUGUACGACGUUGGCUGUUGCCCUUCAUCAGAAGGUUUCAGGCAUUCCGCCGCUAAGAGGAGGAUAAGGGUAACCAAGUGUAUCUCCGUACGCUGCGGCCGCCUUUUUGUACGCCAAACCACAGAUUGGAAGCCGAGAGUAACCGGACUUGGUCGGGAUCCGCGUCAGGUUGGAGCCAUCGUUGG